AUGAAUGAUGCAAUGGCCUCCAACACAACCGUCCUCGUAACUGGAGGCUCAGGCUUCCUAGCCUCCCACUGCAUCAUCGCCCUCCUCAACGCCGGCUACCAAGUCCGCGCCACAAUCCGCUCUUUGUCAAAGACUACCACAGUCAAAAAAGCACUCAGAACUGGCGGCUCAACAGACAAUGAUUUGAGCCGACUAACAUUCGUCGAGGCUGAUCUCGACCACGACAAAGGCUGGAAUACGGCUGUUGCAGGAUGCACAUAUGUACUCCAUGUAGCUUCACCCAUCCCCUCGGCAGAGCCCAAAGACGCAAAUGAUCUAAUCAUCCCUGCUCGCGAGGGCACGCUGCGCGUCCUCCGCGCUGCCGCAACUGCCGGAACCGUGCAACGGGUGGUAUUAACCUCCUCCUUCAACGCCAUCUCAUAUGGCCACGCGGACCAACCCGAGCCCUUCACGGAAGAAUCCUGGUCCAACCCAAACGCCAAACUUGGCGCCUAUCCACGCUCAAAACUCGUCGCUGAGCGCGCUGCCUGGGAUUUUGUGCGCAGCAACGAAGGCAAAGGCUUGGAGCUUACAUGCAUCAAUCCUACGGCUAUAUUAGGUCCUGUUUUGAGUAAAGAGCAUAUCCAGUCAAGUGUUCAUAUUGUGCAGAGUUACUUGAGUGGUGAGAUGCCGGCGAGUUUGAAUCUGUAUAUGGGUGUCGUGGAUGUGCGUGAUGUUGCUGCGUUGCAGGUAAUCGCUAUGACGCAUCCGGCUGCUAAAGGGGAACGAUUCAUCGCCGUCUCUCCGGGGGGUGGAUGGAUGCUCGAUAUCCCCCUGACCAUUAAGAAACGGUUUCCGGCGGAAAUUACCAAAAAAGUUUCCACAAAAGUGUUGCCGGUUUGGUUGACGAAGGUGUUGGGAUUGUUCAACUCGCAAAUUGCAACCUUUGUGUCUGAGUUGGGGAAGAGGAAGAUUACUUCCAGUGACAAGGCUGCGAGGAUACUGGGGUGGAAGCCGGUGAGGGCGAGAGAGGAAGUUAUUGUUGAUACUACGCAGUCUUUGAUCGAUUUGGGUCUUGUCAAGCAUUGA